AAGUGCGAUCGAGAGCGGGCGGGGAAAGGGGCAGCUGGUUCCUUUAGGGAUCAGGUCCUGUGAGGCGGGUCUCAGAACUGAGGCCUGAGGCCGUUUCCUCUCCAUCUCCGCUGAAUCUUUCAGGUCCACGGACUGAGGAAACGUCUCCACCGUCAUGGGAGGCGGAGACCUGAACCUGAAGAAGAGCUGGCACCCACAGACCCUUCGAAAUGUGGAGAAAGUGUGGAAGGCAGAGCAGAAACAUGAGGCCGAGCGGAAAAAGAUUGAGGAGCUGCAGCGAGAGCUGCGAGAGGAGAGAGCUCGGGAAGAGAUGCAGCGCUAUGCCGAGGAUGUCGGGGCCGUCAAGAAAAAAGAAGAAAAGUUGGAUUGGAUGUACCAGGGACCUGGUGGGAUGGUGAACCGUGAUGAGUACCUGCUGGGUCGCCCCAUUGACAAGUAUGUCUUUGAGAAGAUGGAGGAGAAGGAGGCAGGCUGUUCUUCUGAGACAGGACUCCUCCCAGGCUCUAUCUUUGCCCCGUCAGGUGCCAAUUCCCUUCUUGACAUGGCCAGCAAAAUCCGGGAAGACCCUCUCUUCAUCAUCAGGAAGAAAGAGGAGGAGAAAAAAAGAGAGGUCCUGAACAAUCCUGUGAAAAUGAAGAAAAUCAAAGAGUUGUUGCAAAUGAGUUUGGAAAAGAAGGAGAAGAAGAAAAAGAAGGAGAAGAAAAAGAAGCACAAGAAACAUAAACACAGAAGCUCCAGCAGUGACCGCUCCAGCAGUGAGAGUGAGCACGGCCAGGGCAGAUCUCAAAAGAAGAUGGCAAAUUCCUGUCCUGUUUUGUCCAAAGUCCCUGGAUAUGGCUUACAGGUGAGGGACUCCGACCAGGGUUCUCUGAUGGCUGAGCGAAGGGAGAUGAAGAACCAUUCCCGCUCAAGAAGCUCCUCCCACUCACCCCCCAGACAUGUCAGCAGGAAGAGCUCCAAGGAAGAGAGGUCCCGGGACAGGAGGUCUCGAUCCCCGGGCAGAAGGUCUCGGUCUCCAAGGCCCAGCAAAGUGCAUGCCUCUAAGGUAAACAGGAAAGAGAGAGAUAGUCCAUCACCUAAAAAGGAGGUCUACCAGAGGCGGCAUGCUUCUGGAUACACCAGAAAACUCUCAGCAGAGGAGCUAGAGCGGAAGCGCCAGGAGAUGAUGGCAAAUGCCAGGUGGAGGGAGGAGGAGAGGCUGAACACUCUCAAGAGGCAUGCCAAGGAGGACGAGCGGGAACGCAGACGGGAGCAGCUGGACCCUCGCUCUGGCAAGUUCAUCCAUCGCAUGAAGCUGGAGAGCGCAUCUACUUCCUCCCUGGAGGACCGGGUAAAGCGCAACAUCCAUUCUCUACAGAGAACACCAGUAGCUCUGGAGAAGAGCUUCAUGAAAAGAUGAAAACCAGUCCCUCUUACUGGUUUUCCUGAAUUCUCCAGGAAGGCUGCGGAGUCCUUAAAAUUCUCUUUAUAAGAGUUCAAAUGGCUUCUUCUACAGAUGAAAAACCACCACUGUUCAAAGUGCCCCUUGUCCAUUGACUCCUGAAACAUGGUACAUUCUUUAAAAACCAAUGUGACUUGAUUUGGGGACCCUCAGGACCUUUGGCUGGAUGCACUGUGGGAUUUGACUGUGUUCUAAUGGCUGGGCACUGGGCUGUCCUGGGGGCCGGGAUGCUUGCCACACCUCUUCCCUCCCACCUGAAUGAAUGGAUCAGACCUUCCAGAGACCUCUCUGCACAGCCCAGAUAGACUCUGCUUACUGGGAUAAAGGAGCACUGACUUUAUUUAGUAGAUCUUCUGACAGAAUAGCCAAGUGUCAAGAAGAGUCAAGAGAGUGACACAAAACUGGAAGAUACAACAGUACCCAAAAAAGCCCUAAGUGAACUGUUAAAUAUUUGUCUUCGAGAUGUAAGAGUCUAAUGUGUGUAUGUACAAGUGUAUAUUUUAUACAUGCUUUAAAAGAUAGCUUUGUGACAACAUUUUGAUUGAUGAUUUUACUGUGUGUAAAGCCACACUGAACCUUAUCAGGAAGUAACAUGGUAAGGGGCGUGGCUUGUUUUCUCUCUGUCUCUGGUUUGGGAGGAGCUUUGGGGUGACUGACAGAAUCUAGCGGGGUUAGCUAACCUUUUGACAUUUGGACAUGACUUUGCCCUCUACAAAUGUGUUAGGUUGUAUUCAUAGCUAAGGACUGGCUUCAGGAAGGACCACCUGCCAAGUAUGUAGUCCCCUCUAUUCCUUAGAGUCUCAUAUGGGGCAGCCCAAUGGUGCAGGACACAGGACCAUGUUGUUAGUAUGCUGUGGCGUAAAAGAAAAGAAUGUGGAAGCUAUUUAUUUCCUGGCUCUCUCUCUAUAUAUAUCUAUAUCGAUAUAUCUAUAUAUAUAUUUUUUGAGGCAGGGUCUCUUGUAGCUCGGGCUAGCUUUGAACUUUUUUCUGUUUUUUUUUGUUGUUGUUGUUGUUGUUUUUCGAGACAGGGUUUCUCUGUGUAGCUUUGCGCCUUUCCUGGAACUUACUCUGUAGACCAGGCUGGCCUUGAACUCACAAAGAUCGGCCUGCCUCUGCCUCCGAGUGCUAGGAUUAAAGGCAUGCACCACCACCGCCCGGCAGCUUUGAACUUUCUACGUAUCAGAAGAUGACCUUGAACUUCAGAUCUUCUAUAGCACCACACAGGUGGCUGCUGCUGCUUCACUGUGUGUCUUUUGAGACAGGGCCCUUACUGGCUCAGGCUGUCCUGGUGGUGGUGCCUGUCCUGCUUCAGCCUCCUGAAUGCUGGAUUACUGGCAUGAACCUCAUGUCUAGCUUCCUAGCUUCUCCUUUAUCCUGUAAUAAUUUAAAAAUCUAAGACACGAGCCCAGGGGCCACUCCUGUGUCUUCACUGCCAUUUCUUUUUCUGUUUUUCACCAGAAGCCCUCGUUGGCCAGGGAACUUCUAGGCUCCCUCUUUUUUUAAAAACAAAACAAAAAACCAAAAACAUUUAUCCUAGCCGAGGCUGACCUUGAUCCUCCUGUCUCGGCCUUUGGAGCUGUGAUUACAGACCUUGUGGCCCUCAGAGGCUCUCUUCACCCACACAUUAGUCAAGCCAUUUCCUUCUUCUACCAGUUCCUAAUUCAACUUAAAUCGUAUUUGGAUUUUUACUUUUAAAACACUUAAAUGCCAGGCACUGUAAUUCUUAAAACCCAGUUUCUCCCCAGAGAAUGUAACAUUAUUCAUUUAAUCACUUCAUCCUGCUGCCCUGUGCUACGGGUAAUUGUGGCUUUUAUUUUAUUACUUGGUAAUAAAGGCUACAUUUAUUUUU